AUGAUGCGCCGGCUUUCUACUGCCUUCAAGAAGAAGGAUGAAUCUAAGCCAAAGGAAAAUGGCGUUUCUAAUGGAAAGGCAAAUGGCAAGAGACAAUCCAAGGUAUUCGCAAAAUCGGCCACUGCCGAAGUCGAGGAGGACCACAGUGCCGCCCGCGAUGAUGUGCUUCAUAUCUUUGAGAGACACGCCCAGGUGAUCCACGCCUCGCGCCGCCCAUUGCCAACUCAAAGCGGCGAUGGCACGUACUUGGAACAUGGCCACGAUCAUACCAGCAGCCUUUUCCAGGAUUUGCGAACUCUGGGCUUCAAGGACUACAGUACCUUGGUCGAUGUCAUGAAGAACAAGGCAUCCGGUGAGCUGGUGGACGACAAGACCUACCUGAUGGAACGUAUUAUCCAGCUCGUUAGCGGUCUUCCGUCGAACUCCAAGCACCGCACCGAGUUAACCAACGCUUUCCUGGAUGAACUCUGGGAAAAUCUCCCCCACCCCCCUCUCUCAUAUGUUGGACCAAAAUACGAGUACAGAUCGGCAGACGGAUCCUACAACAACCCGACUCUGCCUUGGUUGGGUGCUGCCAACACUGAAUACGCUCGUUCCAUUGCGCCAUUGACUAUCCAACCCGGUGGUCUUCCUGACGCGGGUCUCGUCUUUGACAGUGUCAUGGCUCGCCAAAAGUUUACUCCCCACCCUAACAAGGUGUCCUCGGUCUUCUUUGCGUGGGCCUCUUUGAUCAUCCACGAUCUCUUCCAGACCGAUCACCGAAACCCUCACCUUUCUCAGACCUCUUCAUACUUGGAUCUUUCGAUUCUGUACGGUGACAACCAGGAGGACCAAAAUAUGAUCCGUACCUUCAAGGAAGGAAAGCUCAAGCCAGACAGCUUUUCCGAGCCCCGUCUGCAGGCAUUCCCCGCUAUGUGCUGUGUACUUUUGGUUAUGUUGAACAGAUUUCACAACCACGUUGUCGAACAGCUUGCUCUCAUUAACGAGAACGGCCGCUUCACCAAGCCUCGUGCCGACCUGCCCGCUGAGCAGGCAGAGAAGGCCUGGAAGAAGUACGACGAAGACUUGUUCCAGACUGGACGAUUGGUCACUUGUGGCUUGUAUAUCAACAUCACCCUUUACGAUUACCUCCGCACUAUCGUCAAUCUGAACAGUACUAGCAGCACAUGGUGUUUGGACCCUCGUGCCAGAAUGAGCAGCGCUCACACUACCCCAUCCGGUCUUGGUAACCAGUGCUCGGUAGAAUUCAACCUUGCCUACCGCUGGCACUCUGCUACAAGCGCCAACGAUGAACUCUGGACCGAGAAUGUAUACAAAGAGCUUUUCGGAAAGCCAGCCGACGAAGUUACGAUGCCCGAAUUGCUCAUGGGACUCCACAAGUAUGAGCAGGCUCUUAACCCAGAUCCUUUCCAGCGCACUUUCGGGCACUUGGAACGUCAGGAGGAUGGAACCUUCAAGGAUGAUGACCUCGUUAAUAUCUUGACCUCGGCUGUCGAUGAUGUUGCUGGCUCCUUCGGUGCACGUAACGUCCCCAAGGCUAUGCGAUCUAUCGAAAUUCUCGGUAUUGAGCAGGCUCGCAAGUGGAACUGUGGUUCUUUGAACGAGUUCCGUAAGUUCUUCGGUCUCAAGGCAUACGAGACUUUUGAAGAUAUCAACUCGGACCCAUCCGUCGCGGAUUCGCUGCGUCACUUGUACGAGCACCCCGACUACGUCGAGCUGUAUCCCGGUAUCGUUGCCGAAGAAGCCAAGGAACCCAUGGUCCCAGGUGUUGGAAUUGCUCCCACGUACACAAUUUCUCGUGCCGUGCUGUCUGAUGCUGUCGCUCUUGUCCGUGGUGAUCGCUUCUACACGACCGACCAGAACCCCAAGAACCUCACCAAUUGGGGUUGGCAAGAAAGCAACCAUGACCUAAACAUUAACCAAGGCUGUGUCUUCUACAAGCUUGCUUUCCGUGCUUUCCCCAACCACUUCAAGGCAGACUCCAUCUACGCUCACUACCCAAUGACCAUUCCAGAAAAGAACAAGGAAAUUAUGAAGAACCUCGGCCGUGAGGCCGACUACAGCUGGGACAAGCCUUCGUACACCCGCCCUCGUGUCGAGCUUACCUCCCACGAGGCAGCCAAGCGUGUCCUUGAGGACCCAAGAAACUUCCGUGUUACCUGGGGUGACGCAACUGCCUCGGUGUUUGGCGAGAAGACCGGCACCGACCACAUGCUGUCUGGUGACACUCCUUUCCACAGCCAGCAGCGUGAACUGUUGGAGAAGGCGCUGUACAGUCCAGGAUGGGAAAAGCAACUGAAGGAGUUCUAUGAAGAAAUGACCCUUCAGCUGCUCCACGAAAAGUCUUGCACAAUUGCCGGCAAGAAACAGGUCGAUAUUACUCGAGAUGUUGGAAACCUUGCUCCCGUCCACUUUGCCGCUCAUGUCUUCGGCCUGCCUCUGAAAACUAAGGGCAACCCGAGAGGCCUCUUUACCGAGCAUGAGUUGUACAUGAGCAUGUCUGUUAUAUUCCAGGCUAUCUUCUUCGACUACGAUCUCAUGCGCUCGUACCCCCUUCGCCAGGCCGCUAAAGCCGUCGCUGCCAAGGUUGGUGAUGUUGUCGAGGCCAACGUGAAGUCCAUUGGCUCCACUGGUAUUAUUUCGCACUUUAUUGAUGGUCUCCGGAAGCACGACAACCCUCUUUCGGGGUAUGGUGUGGAGUUGAUCAAGAAGCUUCUCGAUGGUGGCCUAAAUGCCCACGAGGCUACCUGGACUCAGAUUCUGCCAACUGUCGUUUCCAUGGUCCCCAAGUUGGGCCAGGUGUUCACCCAAAUCAUCGACUUCUACCUGUCGGAGGAGGGUAAAGCACACCUGCCAGAGAUCAACCGUCUCGCAAAGCAAGACACCCCCGAGUCCGAUGAUGUCCUGGCUCACUAUGCCCUGGAAGGUAUUCGUCUGAAUGGUACCUAUGGCGCAUACCGUGAAGCCCAGCGCGACGUCACCAUCAACGACUGGGGCAAGGAAGUCAACAUCACCAAAGGCGAAAAGGUUUUCGUCAGCUUUGUUGGAGCUGCCCGUGACCCGAAUGUCUUCCCCGAACCCGAGAAGGUCCGUCUCGACCGCCCUCUGGAAUCGUAUAUCCACUACGGCGAGGGCCCGCACACCUGCCUCGGUCGUGAUGCCAGCCGCAUUGCCCUGACUGCCAUGCUCCGUGUCGUCGGCCGUCUGGACAAUUUGCGCCGUGUUUCUGGCCAGCAGGGUGUCUUGAAGAAGAUUCCUCGCGCAGGUGGUUUCUACGUUUACUUGAGAGAAGACGCUGGCAGCUAUUCCAUCUUCCCAACGACCUUCAAAGUCCACUACGACAGCGAGCUACCCGAGUUGAAACGCCGUGGCACGUGGUAA